AAAUUUUAAUAUCACAAAAUUCUUAUAAAUAUAGCAUAUUAUAACUUGGUUUACUUAGGUACAAUAUCACUCUUUUAACCGUAACCAACAGAAAAAAUACAAUGUUGAUUAUGAAAUACCUAUAAUACAGGAAAAAAACAAUUCACCAUGUUUGUCUUUAAAUUGGUCACAAUUUACUUUUGGUAGAUCCUUCGUGUUUGACGGCUAUCACAGUAUCUUUCUUGACCACUGGUACUCUAGGAACGGAAAUGAUAAGCAAGCCAUCAGCUGUCAACCUAGACUGAACUCCCUCCAUCCGACACCCCUCAGGCACUUGGAACCUCCUCAUGAACUGCCGAGCAAUAUAACCAUAAUUGUCUUGCUUUUCCUCAUGUUUCCCCUCAACGACUACGAAGCCGUCAGCUGUUUUCACCGAUAUUUCCUCGGGGGCAUAGUCCUUCACCUGUAUAACUAAUUCGUACUUAUCAUCCUCCUUUUUGACGACGUUCUCUUGCUUCCAAGGGAAGCCGCCCAACCAAUCGAUUGAGCGGAGCAGUGUGUCGUCCCCAAACAUGGGAGGUGUUUGUAUCGUCGGCAAUUGAAGCAUUACGACUGUUUAUUCUAGAAAUGUCAUCAAUAACUCUACGUUCACUACGCAGUUGCCACUACGGCUAACGCGCGCGUUGACCCACUUUCCGUGUAUAACUAAACCUGUUUUGUUAGUUAGUUCGUCAAAGUUAAGUAUAGAUGGCGCUAUUUUGCUUAUCUUUAAAUUAGUUUUCUGUGGUCAGAAUUAAGUUGCGUGGCGGCAAAAGUUCAAGUCUUCAUUUUGUAAACUUACUUUUUAGAUAUUGUUUGUACUAUCAUUACAUUAUUUAAAGUAAACUAAGCUAACGUAAGUCUAAUACUUACAAUAUUUUGUGUUUAGUUUUAAUAGUAAACAUCUUAACAUGUGUAGGCACAGAUAAAUAAUUUCACAACUUUUUAAUCAUGACAUAGCCAAGGUCGACCUAAGAUUUGAUUAAAUUCUAGUCUGUAUUUGGAUAUAUUUAGAACACAUUAACCUUGUUUGUGACGAAAUAGAUACUAUCAAAAUGUCAUCAAAAGUAGCUAUAGUUACAGGAUCCAAUAAAGGUCUCGGAUUCUCCAUCGUGAAACAACUUUGUGAAAACUAUAAAGGAAAAGUUUAUUUAACAUCGCGGGACGAAAAUUGGGGAAGGAAGGCAUGUGAAGACAUAAGAAAAUUACUUUUGAAUCCCAUUUCAUUAAGUUUUCAUCAACUAGACGUUACAGAUAAAGAAAGUGUGAAAAAGUUUGUGAAAAAUAUCCGUGAUAAAAAUGAAGAAGUCGAAAUAUUAAUAAACAACGCUGGCAUUCUAUUUUUAAAAGACGCGCCAGAAUCUAACAUCGUUCAAGCGGAACAGACUAUCGCCGUAAACUUCACCGCAUUGGUAGAUUUCACUGAGGAAAUUCUACCAUUUAUGAAAAGUGGCGGGAAAAUUGUGAACAUUACGAGUUCUUCCGCGCAUUUGUCGAGGAUACCUUCUGAAGAGUUGAGAAAGAGGUUUCUUUCAGAAACUUUGACAUUGGAAGAGUUAAGGAAUUUAGCUUACAGUUACGUUCAGGAUGUGAAGGAAGGUCGAGAUAUAAGUAAAGGAUGGGGGGAGUCACCAUACGUUGUGUCCAAAGCUGCAGUCAAUGCCUACACCUUUUUGUUACAUCGUCGAUUACAGGAGAAAGGAAUAAUAGUUAACUGUAUUCACCCUGGGUACGUAAUGUCAGACAUGACUCGAGGCGCCGGUUCGAUUUCCCCGGAUGACGCGGCGAGCUUGCCGGUUAAACUAGCCCUGAAUCCCUGGAGCGCAGGCCUAUACGUGUGGCAUAAUGGUAGCGAAGUGCCCUGGGACGGGCCAGAUCCCCGGGUUUAUAUUGAUGGUAGAAAAGCGUAGAACUCUUACCAAAGAAAAUCAGGUCAGAUAGAACUAUUCGUUAUACAAUAAAACUUAUUAUAGGAGUAACUAAAUAUUGUAUGUAGGCUGAAUUUUAAUUGUUCUACAUCCAAAAAUAUACCUGUUGAUCUACUAACAUGUU